AUGCGCACCUUUUCAAUGUUCAAGGCGGCUGCCAUCGCAGCGUUCUGUGAUGGCGUUAUCGCAGGUGUGGCACGUCAGCAGAGGGAUGAGGGAACCUGCAAAAAGACGACCGUCGCUAUACUAGGAGGUGGCAUGGCCGGUAUCUCAGCGGCACAAGCACUGCACAAUGCAUCCAUCUCGGAUUUCCUAAUACUCGAAUACCAGGAUCGCGUUGGAGGCCGUGUCAAGAGCACUGAAUUCGGACAACGAGAGGACGCUAACGUUUCCAAGGUGCAAGGGUUGGGUACCCCCGAUGGCGCAGAAAAUCCCGUCUGGACAUUUGCCAAGAAAUACGACCUGAAGACUGUGUAUUCGGAUUAUGAUUCAAUCCUGACCUACAAUGCCUCUGGAUAUGCCGACUACAGUCAUCUUGUAGACGAAUGCUACGAGGCUAUCCAAGAGAUGACACUCGAGGCGGGCCACAUGCUCACUGAGAAUAUCCAAGACCGCAGCGCGCGCUCUGGGCUUGCCAUGGCGGGAUGGAACCCUGAGCAUUCUGACAUGGAAGCCCAAGCGGCCGAGCUAUGGAACUGGGACUUUGAGUCGGCCUAUCCGCCCGACGAAUCGUCCAUGAUUUUCGGCACGGCAAACGACAACCUCACCUUCAGCCAGUUCAGCGACGCCAACAACCUCGUCAUUGAUCCGCGGGGAUACAGUGCUAUUAUUGAGGGCGAAGCGGGCACCUUUCUCAAGAAGGACGAUGAGAGGCUCCUGCUCAACACCAAGAUUAAUAACAUUAAGUACUCAAGCGAUGGGGUGACCAUCUUCGAUGACGAGGGGGGCUGCGUGACUGCCGCAUAUGCCAUCUGCACAUUCUCACUUGGCGUUCUCCAGAACAAGGACGUCUCCUUUGAGCCGGAGCUACCGAAGUGGAAAGAGGAGUCCAUCUACGGGUUCGACAUGGGCACCUACACCAAGGUCUUCUACCAGUUCAACGAGACAUUCUGGCCCGAAGAGACUCAGUAUCUCCUAUAUGCCUCGCCCGAGAAGCGUGGUCACUGGUCUCUCUGGCAGCCGCUUACGCCGCAGGGAUUCAUGCCGGGGUCCAACAUAAUUUUUGCUACCGUCUUCAAUGAUGAAUCCUACAGACUGGAACAGAUGUCAGACGAAGAGGCUAUGGAGGAGGGGCUGGAGGCGCUACGCAAGAUGUUCCCCGACAAGGAAAUCCCGCAACCGACGGCAUUCAACUACCCGCGCUGGACCAAGACGCCAUGGGCUCACGGAAGCUACGCCAACUGGCCUAUAGGUACCACCCUCGAGAUGCACGCCAACCUGCGAGCCAACGUUGACAGACUGUGGUUUGCUGGAGAGGCUACCAGCGCUGGAUAUUUUGGCUUUUUGCACGGAGCUUGGUUUGAAGGCCGCGAAGCUGGCAUGCAGGUGUCUGGACUUCUGAAGAACGAAUGCGUUGAGGUCUACGCGGGCGAGAAUCAGUGUGGUACCCGGGUUCAUUACCCCGAUCUUCAGGGGACAACGCCUCUAGAUCAUUAUAAUGUCGAUAACGGUUGGCCGCUAGACAGUCUAUCAUACUGA